AAAUCCCCCUUCUCCUUCCUCGCUCGAUCCCCAAAUCAAAUCGCUGUCCUCCACCUAACCCUAGCCGCUCGAGCCGCCAUCCUCGAUCCCCAAAUCCCUUCUCCCUCCACCAAACCCUAAUCCAAAGCUAGCUAGCUAGGUAGCCGCCAUGGCCCCUCCGAUGGUUCUGCUCGACCGCGAGGUUGAGUUGUGCGACGAGGAGGCGGGGAUCUACGAAGGGCCAGUCCGCUGCUCGUGGGGACUACCAGCAAGAAGCUCAGCCGAGGGCCCGGAAAAGUUGAUUCAUGCAGUCGCGGAGUACCUGCAGACAUUCAAGGCCCAGCCGCUCGUCGCCGAUCCGCCGGAACUCUCCUCCCUCAACAUACGGCCGCCGAAAUCCGCCCCGGUCCCGCCGACAGCCGGCCUGGAAUCGGGCCGCAUCUCCAGCGCAGACAAGCACCUGGUCGCCCUCUACGCCGGAGGCUACCGCCCUGGCUACAGCUUGCCGGGGGGCUAUCUCAUCUACGACGCCAGCAACGACUCCAUCUCCGCCAUCCCUUGCAUCCCCCCCGGCACCUGCAGGACUACAGCCAUGGGGUUCCAGUCGGCCGUCGUCAUGUGCGGCGCCACCGGGGAAGGCGGUUACCUUCUUGCUGAGCUCGUCUGGGUCUGUACACAAGACUCCCAAGCCGCGCUCUGGCUGUGGGAGUCGUCCGCCAAACAAUGGGACGUCAAGCUCAGGGACCUGCCCCUUCCACCCGGCACCACCGCCUUCAACUUCUCCGUCCACUCGUGCUUCUCUUUUGGGGGCUCUUUCCUCUGCUGGGUGGAUCUACACCGUGGCAUGUUGCUCUGUGAUCUGCGCAAGGACUGCAACUUCAGCUUCAUUGAGUUGCCCCAAGGACCUCCAGACUAUGAUGCCUCCGAUUAUCCACACGGCCCCUGCGCUGAGGAGUUCCGUUCCGUGGCCUGUGUUCAUGGCUCCGUCAAGUUCCUCGCCUUCAAUACAUUUGUUGAACGCGAGCCCGGCGAAACAUUUGGACUGGCCGUCUGGACUCUGUCGCCUGACCACUCAGCGUGGAGCAGAAGCUACAAGUGCAGCUUUGGAGACAUCUGGGCUAACGCCAACUUCCAGUCUGCUGGUUUGGGACAGCUUUCUCCGUCGUUCCCUGUCCUGAGCAUCCAUCAAGACGGCGUCGUCUACCUAGUCGUAAAUGAUACCAGUGCGGUGGGUCGUCGACUAGUGUUCAACGCCCGGUACUUGCUUCGUGUCGACAUGGGGAGUAACAACGAUGUCCAGGUCUAUCAACAGAAGACGACGCGUAUUCGUUCCCAGCUCUUUGCAAGUGAGUUCAGUGCGCACCGACGACAGGAGCACCCGGCGUGCUACUGUAAUUUUUCUUAAAAAGGGCAACCUGGUGCAUGUAGCUCCCGCUUGCGCAGGGUUCAGGGAAGGGUCCGACCACUUUGGGUCUAUAGUACGCAGCCUUUCCCUACAUUUCUAGAGAUGGAAUCUAGCGAGUUUGGUGCAAGUGGAAAGAAGAUGAAGGCCUGAGAUCCUUGCAACAUAUCAUGUGGAAAUUUGGACCGCACCAUUAUCAGUUGUUUCUGCUUAGGAGGUCCACUGGAGACAUUUAAUGUUGUCAUUAUCAAGUAUUAGUAGUUAAACUGGAUGUUGGGUAGUAUGCAUUAUGUAUGAGUCAUGGCUCUAUGUGUAGUGAGUGGCUUCUUUUGGAUUGUAACUUGCAUCAGCGUCAUUUUCUUGCAUGAAUCCUACUGGUUUGAUUUAGAAACAAUGUUAGAUGUUUCGAACUA